UAUAGGCGCUUGAUUUACAAGCAGUUUUAUGAAUGGGCUACGACCACAACUCGGCUACAUUCCAGUAUUUACCGAGCAGACGGCGAGAUAUCCACACAUACGCUAGUACUACGAGUGACAUAUCACUAUACUAUGGCUUUUAGAGUGAAUGUUUAUCAACUGAAGCAGGUGAUGGAAAACGAAAUGGUGAAUUCUAAAACAGCUAGUAAAGUAUUAAUUGUAGACAGUCGGCCAUACAUAGCGUACAACGAAGAGCACAUCACUGGGGCUUGUAAUAUGUACUGUCCCCCAAUUCUAAAGAGGAGAUUCGCAAAUGGUGGUCAGGUCCACCUAGAAUCCAUGCUAGGAGUGGAAACAAAAAACAGGCUCAUCUCCGGACAAUUUUCUACCAUUGUAGUGUAUGACCAGGAAGGGCCGUGUCUCCCUACACUAAACGCCAUCAACAACAACAGUUCGGGGGUUGAUACCUCCGAUCUCAUCAUCGUCUACCAUACCUUAUGCAAGCUCGCCAAAGAUGCAAAGUGUUUAAUCCUGAAAGGUGGAUACAACACAUUCAAACAGCAAUUCCCGUCACUAUGCACCAAACAGUGCCAAGAGGACUCCAUGUCCACCACCGCCUCCAAUACUCCACUCUUCCACAACAUCUCAGUUCCGUCGGAGCCGGUUGAACUCUUGGCCCAUCUCUAUAUUGGUAACGCCCUGAGCGCAGCGGGCAAGGACGUUCUGCUGACACAUGGUAUCACCGCCAUCUUGAAUGUUUCAAACAAUUGUCAGAAUCAUUUUGAUGCCGACUUCCGAUAUAAGAACAUCCCCGUCGAUGACAACCCCCUGGUUGACCUUUCUACGUGGUUCACGGAAGCAAUAUCGUUCAUAGAUGAAGUCAAGCGUCAGGGCGGUAAGACCCUCGUGCACUGCCAGGCCGGAAUCAGCCGAUCUGCUACGAUCUGUCUGGCUUACAUCAUGCAGAGCCAAUGUCUUAGUUUGGACGAAGCUUUCGAAUUUGUUAAGUCUCGCCGGAGCGUGAUUUCACCAAACAUAAGUUUCUUGCAACAGCUUUUGGACUUCGAGAAAGAAAUUCAAACGCGGAAUAAUAAAAGGAAAUACUCGCCUCCAGCAUCUCCAUGUCGACUUGUGACAUCUUCAUCACCGGCAUUUUCUUUCUUCGGUCAUGAAGAAAUACCACCGACCACCAUAUUGCAUAGCCCUGUGCAACUGCUGCAGAGUCCAGUACUUACCUUCACCUGAGAGUUUGACGUACACCCCAGUACCCAGUUAUCCAGGUGAAAACCACAUUGAUCAUUUUGUGGAUUUGUAUCCUUCAGUCGCUACAUUUAAGGCGGACUCGAAUCUUCAAUUGGAAUAUUGAAGAAAGAACGGCAGUCAGUUUUGAAGUGUUAUUUUGAUGGCAUGCGCGGUGACACAGCAAGAAGAAUAUUUGGAAUGUUUGGAAUCUGCCGCACAGCAAAGGCGAUUGUGAAAUGUCUAAUGCCGAGAAACGAAUGCAGGCCAAUGAGGCCAUUGAGAAAGGUACGGACUUGUUGGUGCUGUAGUUACUAUAAAGACACUUAGGUUAUGCUAGUUGCAUUCCAUAUUAUGUUAUACGGGUUUUAUACAGACCUAUGUAUACCGGAAGUCAGGGAACUGCAGAUGUUACGAGCUACGAUUGACAAACAGUUGAGAAGGUUAUAGCAGUGUUUUGACACGAAAUACUUUAUCGAUACGUUAUCGUUGUCAGACUAAGCUUAGCCAGGACACGGAUAUUUUAAUUGAAUAUCGAAUUGAAAUUAUGGUGCAAUAUGGCCGGAAGUAACUUUCAGGUCGGAUGUAGAUUUGUCACAUGAUUAAUAUUUUAUGCACUUUUUUUACCUUGUCUAGGGAAACCGUCAUGUUUUAAUAAUGUGUAUUUUUAUAUGUAACUGCAAUAAUAAUGAUAAUAUCUCCGAAAAAAACUCCACAUUGUAAAGCAAAUAAACCGGAAACUUUCGUUUCGGGAUCUUUUUUUUAAAUUAAAUAAAUCAGAAAAUAUAGAAUGCAAUAUUUGGAUGUUUAAAAGAAGGAUUAUAUUACGUUACAGUAAAAAGUUGAAAUUCAUAACUGAGUAUUUUUGGACAUGGUACAGGUUGUUUAAAACCGCUCCAUACUUUAUCUUAUCCAUUUUUCGCCCCAUGUAUUCUUAACUAUGUCCGAAGAUUUGUGAAUACUUAAUCCCAGAUGAACAAAGAUUCGAUAAGAAAAGACACGUAUUUUUAACCCACUAUCAGUAUAUGGUGGGUUACGCAAAUCGCCUUUGGUCAGUGGUCUAUCCUUGCACUAUUUCUCAGAAAAAGUACUAGAGACGUCUUAGCUUCCUGGAAUUCCACCAUGUUGCUUAGUUACCAGUCAGUAUAAUACAUUUUCGAACUGAUUGGUAACCAGGACGGCCGACAAGCAGACAUCUUAGAUUUGAGAUUUGAAGUUCGAGCUGUAUCUCGGACAAUGCAGAAGACAUCUUUAUGAAAUUUCAUCUAGUUAUACAAACUACAUUCUGGGUGUUAUUGGAUACAAACAUGACCGACAGACAGUCAUAUUGGAUUGAAAUGUAAUUAUUUCUCAUGAUAUAAAAUAGUCAUUUGUAUGUAACACGCGGUCCUUAGUGAUAACUUAGAAUCCGACUAGAAUAACCUAGACACUGCUGGUCUUGAAGUUUGUUCCUGUUCUUUCCCAGAUGUAUAAUGCAGGUUUUAUUUUCGGAAACAGAAGUGGUGGUCAUCUUACUAGUAUUUUUUUCGGACAGAUUGAAAGAACAAAAAUAGUCACGGUUAGUCAAAAGAGCAUAGGAAUACAAGAAAUAGUCAUAGAUGAAUAAGAAAAAUCGUUGAAACUAAGAGUGUACACAGAAUCAAAGACCAUGCACUGGUGUGCGCCAUCUGUCCGGGAUCUCGGUGUUGUGAUAUUAUCUGUAGGCCUACUGUGAUAACUGUCCUACAGUUGAUUGAUUCAGUCCUGUUGGGGAAUCAAUAAUUUGUAAUUUUGUAGAUGUAUGGUUACAUUAUUAAUUUAUUUUUCGUAUACAUGUUUAUUUGUUGUGUUUAAUAAAAAUGGUGUAGAUAGAUUUUAUAUUAAAAAUAUAAAAUUAUGCACGUUUACUCUUCUCUGUGAAGAUGAUGUAAUGACACUGAUGUACUUCAUACCAGGGAAAGGUCGUCAAUGCAGACAGCAGAGCGUUCAUUAUCAAAAUUUUCGUUUCAUAUCAAAUUCAUUAAAUGUGCACCAAUCUAUUUCUACAAAAAAUACAUUUUCAGACAUCGUCCCUUUGACUAAUUAUGUAUUUCAUACGAAAACAAUGCGCACAUUUUCAAAGUCACUACUAGUAUACAUGUAUCUUUCAAAGUCUUGUGUAUAUUUUAAUACGGGAUAGGAUAGGUAAAUGUUGUAUAUCCUUUUAGGCGUAGUUAAUAAGGCGCGCGACAUGGAAGUUGAAGGGGUUCAAGGUGAUGAGUAUCAUUUGAGAAUGCAUACGAUCUUGAAAAGCCUUGAAUUCUGCCAUGUGACCUUGACAUGUCCUUGAAUUUUUGGUCUGUGUCCAUUAAGCUUGAACGUCAAUGAUAGAUUACAUAGUGAUAUGUAUUUUGUUAAAAAAAAAACAUUGAUGGCAUGUUUUAUUUGAAAUGUACAGGUAAAUUACGAGUUCGAUAUUUGUUUUAAAAAUCUCUAUUUUGAUACUUGUAUUGUGGGGUCGCCGGUUUGAGAGAGUUCAAGGUCUUGAUCAAAGAAUCAUUAUAUCUCGGCAACUCCACAUUGUGCUACACUGAUGUCUCUUCAAUUUUUGACUUUGAAGGUUGAAUAAAGAUUAAAUGAA